AUGGAUCCAGAUAGUAGUAAUAUAGAAUGUGAACAAGGAGAUACUGAGAAGAUUAAAGAUUUGAUAUACAGGGAAGAUAAUAUACCUUAUGUGGAACCUAGUGCUGAAGAUGAUGCUAGUAUAGUUGAAGAAGAGCUUAGUGAUCAUAUGUCUGUGAAUAACUCUUUUAAAUUUCGCCGCGGUUUAGCUUUAAAUAUUGAUAUUCUGAAGGAAUCGAUUAGAUUCACUGUUACAGAUGACAUUGGAAUUCAUGUACAAAUUCCUACUAUAAUAUCAUUUAGAGAUUUAUGUAUUGAAGCUUAUGGGAUACAGAAUAUUGAGGAAGAAAGUAAGCAUACUACUCGUCAUUUAUGGGAUGAUAUUUUAAAGGAAGAUUGCAUAUCUGAUUCAAAAAACUCCGAUUUCAAAGAUUUGAAUGAAAAUAUUAAAGAAAAUGCUAGUACCAAGACAACAGAUAUAAAUGGUAAUAUUAAAAAUUGUAAUAAUGAAGAGGAUUACAAUGAAGAAAGGACCUACGAAGAUGUAACAAGCUUUUUAAAUACAAUAAAGUCUAGGAACAAAAAUAAAAUCCAAAGUAGUACAGAUAAUGCUUUGCGUAGAAGAGUUCAAGAUAUGUCUGCUAGAUUAACUAAGCAAGGAUUAUUGUGUGAUCCUCGUGAUUACUACUUUAAUCCAAUGACAAUGACUAGUGGAAAUGCAGGAGCAAGGAGUAGAGAAGAUUAUUAUGAUGUUUUUGAUGAUUUCAUUGAUGAUUCUGAUCUUGUAGAUGAUCUUGGAUUAUCAUUAGAAGAGCUUUACGAUAGGUAUGAUAAUAAAAUAGAUAAUGAUGAAAGUUCUACAAAUACAUCUACACGAACUUCGGAAUUAAUUCAUGUAGAGUAUUCACAGCCCACUGAUUUUAUAUGUGAUAAUAAUCCAAUGAAUGACUAUAGUCAAAAUUAUGAUGGGGCUUCAGCUUCAAGUUUAGGUUCUAUUUUAUAUGACGAUGAGAAUCAAGUUAAUUAUAGUAUGGAUUCUUAUGGUAAUUUAGAAAAAAAGGAGAAUUGGACUCUUAAGGAUAUUUUGAAUAAUCCUGUUGCUAAAUUACUAAUUCAGUUAAGAUCUGAUUGCUGGAAUUACUCUUCAAAAAAAAAUAAAAAUGGAAAUAGUGGUGCAAAUAAAGGUGCCAAUAGUAUUAAUAGCACAAUAUGUAAUAUAUCUAAAAGUAAUAUACCAGUUUCAAUACAAGACUCUCCAAAAACGACUUUAAACAAUACACCUUCAAUACAAUGUGCAGACUUAUCCUCAUCUAGUUUACCACAGCAAUCUGUUAAUUGUAACACCUCCAAUUUAAAUGAUGAAAUUUACAGCUUUCCUAAUAGAACACCGAAGAUGGUUAUACAAUGGUUUAAGAUUUUAGAAGAAAAGCUUAAGACAUUUCAGAAGGCUUACAAAGAUUGCAAAGAUUAUUAUAACGAAAAUGGAAAUGUAAAGUAUGAUAAAAUUGCAACUUUGCAUGAGCUACAUGAGGCCAUUAGUAUUAUUAAUUCAAAUAUUGAGCGUGAUCCAAUACUUUGUAGAAUUCCAUCACUAUUUUCUUCAAUAUAUACAGAUUAUAGUGAAGUUGCACCAUAUGAUUUUAAGCUGAUACAGAUUUUAUGGGAUGCUCUAUAUAUUUGUUUACCUUUAAAUCUAAAGAAAAAACAGACCCAUGGAGCUUUUGGAAGUAAUGGAAUUUCAACUACUAUUUUGAAUCUUUUACAAAAGUUCGACAAUUUUCGUUCUAAAUGGGCGAGAUUGAUACUUAGUCACAAUAAGGAAGCCCUAUAUCAAUUUAAUUUUAAUGCAUAUGAGGUAAUAAAGACCUAUCCUUGUAUUAAAAUGAAGUCUCCUGAGUAUAUUAAACGUAUACUAGAUGCUAUUUCGGUCUACAAUUCUGCAAUAUCUAAUAACUCAAAUAAUUUACUUAAGGGAGGAGUAAAUACAAUAGUACUAUCGUCACUAUCAAAUUCUAAGGAAAUAAAAAAUAAUGAAACUCAUUCAUCAAUAAACAAAAGCAAAUUUUGUGAACAUGAAUCUCAAAUGAAUACUUUAUCCAUUGAUAGUACUUUAAACCUGAACUUGGAAUGCUCAAAACCUCAUGAAUUAGAAAUAAAGGACUCUCAGAAAUUUGAAAAUUCUAUAGAAAUUGGUGAAAAUACUUUGGAAUAUAAUUUAAAUUACGAAGAAAAUUCAGAUAAUCAAUUAGAAAAAAUCGAGAAUACCCUGUCCUUAGAUAAUUUACAAAAGCUGCAAAAUUCUCAAAUUAAUGACAAUUCUUCAAGAUAUCAAGUAACAUGUAGCUUUAUUAGUGAAUAUAAUAAAGCUAAUAGUGAAGUUACACAAAAUCAAAUGAGAGACUCAGGUAUUAAAGACACACUAGUAACUCCUAGGCACCAUUUAAUAACUGAUGGAAACAAUGCAGAAACAAGCCAAUAUGAUAUGACAACUCAAGAUGAUAUUGUAGCUUCUUUAAAUGAUACUAAGCCUGAAUCAUCUAUAAAUACUCAGCAUAAAAGUAUGUGUUCUUCUGAAUUUGAGCACAUAUUAGAUACUCCUAUAAAAAGAUCGGCUAAUAAAGUCAAAUUAGGGGUAGAAAAGUGUAGUCAUGAAGAAUCACAUUUAUCAUAUACACAACCUGCAAGUUUACCAAUAAAGGAAGAAGGCCAGAACUGUUUAAAAACUAUUCCAUGUGACUUGGUAUUUGAUUUUGGGAUUGCACUGUUAGAUUAUAUUUAUGGUAUAAACAAGCUUCGAAAUGUAUACAAAGACCUAAUCUCUGCAAAUGUACUAUUAAAGACUGUACAAAGAGAACAAGAAACAAUACCUGCUAAUGGAAUUAAAGGACUUGAAUCUAUGAUACGUACAUACAUUCUUAAACGUUUUCAAGGUGUACAGUAUAAUGGCCAAAAGCUUAAAGAUAUUCCAUAUAGAUUCUUCCUCAAUCAAGUACGGCUAUUACAAAAUAAGUACAAUUAUAGAAGAGCUACAGAUAAGGCUAUACAAAAGGUUACGAAGAAUAAUACAGAUUUAAUUUCUGAAAAAGAUUUGAAAUCUCAAGAUUUACUACAAGACCAAAAUUUAAAGUCUAGUAAUUCGAGUUUUGAUAUUACAUUACAAAUAUCUGAUAAAUCUUUUGAAGAUACUACAAGAACUCCUAGUAAAAAAAGAUCAAGAAAGAGUGCAAUAAAUAAUGGUACUAAUAGUAAUAGUUUAAACUAUGAUAUAUCACAAACUGAACCUGCUGGAAUAAAUAGCCUACAAAAUGAAAAUGAUCAGUCCUCAUCAAUUGCAUUGAAAGAUUCUACUGAGAAAGUUAAAAAACCUAGAAAUAAAAAGAACAAGAAGAUUGUUAUAGAAGAUUGCAAAGAUAUUUCACUGAACAAUAUUUCUAUUAAUAAAGAAUCUAUGGAUAUAAAUGCUUUUUCUCACUUAAUGGAACAUCAAACACUUGGAAUGAAUCAAAUGAAGACUUUAGACAGUAACUUUGAAGAUUAA